UAGAGAAUGGCCGUCAAGCACUACUUUUGCCACAACUGCAACCUGCAGUUCAGCGUGGUCGAUCCGCCUGUGGCCAGCGACGACGGCAUCGUGUGCGAUCACUGUCACACGGGCUUUGUUGAGGAGAUUGAAGACGGUGGUGCUGCUGCUGCUGGUCACGAUGGCACCGCUCAGAGCGUCGACGACAACGACAACGACGACGACGAUGAAUACGAGGACGAUGACGAUGAACAGGACGACAACCCGCUCGCCAGCUUCCUUCGUGGAGCCAGCAGCCAUGCAUUGAGGGGCAUUCAUGACCAGUACGGCGACGGCGACGACGACGACGACGACGACGACGACGACGACGACGAGGGCGAGGGCGACGACGCUGCUGCAGAGGACGAGGUCGAGUUCAGAGGCACUCGCUCGGUCGGCCGGCGGCUCUCGCGCAAUCGCAACACGGUGACCUCGACGACGCGGGUGUCGCAUGCACCGAGCACCAACACUCGCGCAGCAGGGAGUCGAGGCGGAAGCACUGGCGCGGCGGCUUCGUCCACUGAGACGGCCAGCACUCGACCGCAGCAGCCGUCCAGCCAUCGCGCCGCUUCCUCCGAGCAGCAACGGCACCGCGGCGUCAAUGUGCAAAACCGCGACGAAAUGAUGUCUAUUCUGAUGGCGCUGAUUAAUCAUGGUCAAGGAGGUUUUGGACAAACUCAUCCAAUGUCUCACGCACUGAGAGGUCUUUUUCAAGUCGUCAACCCAAUGGUGGGAAACCCGGGCGACUAUGUGCAUGAUGAUGCAGGGCUGGAUAAUGUCAUCACAAGGCUGAUGGAGCAGUCUGGUGGCAAGCAAGGCGCGCCUCCAGCAUCCAGCGCGGCGCUUUCGUCGUUGCCUACCGUCUUGAUGACGGCAGAGCUAUUAGCUUCGUCCGGCGACUGUGCCGUGUGCAAAGACUCGUUUUCCCUAGACGAGGGUGUUUUGCAACUGCCCUGUCACCAUCUUUUCCAUAACAAUUGCAUUUUGCCAUGGCUAAAGCAGAACGGGACGUGUCCAGUCUGCCGCAAGGCGGUUGAUGGCGCCAAUACCGUAGCGUCGAACAGCUCAACUCAGCCUUCCUCCGCCGCCCCUGCACGAUCGUCCACCCCACUUGCCAGCAAUUCUGCGUCAUCCGUUUCUGCCCCCUCUGCAACAGGAAGAGCCGCCCCUGCUGCCUCCUAUGCCUUUGCGUCGGUAGACGCCGACCCGGACGACGGCGAUGCGUUGUACCAAUUCCAUUCUAGCAUUUAAAUUUGCGUACUGUUGUAUGACCAGCCAUUGUAAUAACGAUUUUGUCUUGUUGUGU